AUGCGGCAAUGUCUCACCAACCCCAAUGGGGGAUACUAUACGAAAGGACUGGCAUCAUGCAGUGACGCCGACCCGUUCGGCUUAGCCGGCGACUUCAUCACGUCGCCUGAGAUAUCGCAGAUCUUUGGCGAACUAGUCGGAAUAUGGUUCAUGACCGAGUGGAUGGCACAGGGACGGCCCAGUGCGGGUGUCCAGUUCAUUGAGAUUGGACCCGGUCGCGGAACACUGAUGAGUGAUAUCUUGAGAACCGUUGGGCAGUUCAAGACGUUUGCAAACGCCAUAUCCGCAGUCUGGCUCGUUGAGGCGGGAGAUGGGUUGCGGAAGAGGCAGAAGCACCUGCUUUGCGGGGAAACGGCCGCGCUCGACGAGGUCCGCGAUGCGUCAGGGAAGAACGUCUGGUUCGAAGCUACAAGUAAACAAGGCAUACCCGUGAGGUGGGUCGAGGACAUUGCACUGCUCCCUGGACGAGGCGAAGGCGACGCACCCGUCCCUUUCAUCGUGGCGCACGAAUUUUUCGACGCCCUCCCGAUCCAUGCGUUCGAGUCCGUCGCUCCUAAACCGGAAGGAGCAGAGCUAGACCCAAAGGCCCAGCUCCUGACCGAAGCAGAACUACGAAGACGUCGUUCUCCAUCAGCGAGCAAACAGCCCCAAUGGCGAGAACUUCUAGUAGCGCCCACGACUCCUAGCCUUACGAGCAUGCUCUCCCGCGACAGCGAGAGUGGGACGCCCUCAGGCCACAAAGAAGCUGAUCCCGAGUUUCAACUGACACUCGCCAAAGCAAGCACGCCCUCGUCCCUCGUCAUCCCGGAACGACCGCGCUACCGGGCCCUCAAAUCCCAAGUCUCCUCUCGCAUUGAAGUCUCGCCCGAGUCGUCACGAUACGUCAUGGACUUUGCACACCGUAUCGGCGGCGACUCACAGCCAUCGUCCCCGUCCUCAGUGACGAAGUCCAAUCCCGCAGGAGCAGCCCUCAUCAUCGAUUACGGCCCCCUCGACACGGUGCCGGUUAACUCCCUCCGUGCGAUCCGCAAGCAUAAAAUCAUAUCGCCCUUCGUCUAUGCCGGUGACGCCGAUAUCAGCGUAGACGUUGACUUUGGCGCCCUGGCUGACGCGGCAUUGGAAGCAAGCCCAGGAGUGGAAAUCCACGGGCCUGUCGAGCAGGGCAUGUGGCUGACGCAGCUCGGCAUCAAGGAGAGAGCAGAGAGACUUUCGAGAGAGUUGGCAGCCCAGGAGAGCACAGGUGCGAAAAGUCAGGCGCUAGAAAAGAGAAAAUCAGACCUGGAAACCGGGUGGAAGAGACUCGUCGAGGCCGGCCCCAAGGGGAUGGGCAAGGCGUAUAAAGUCAUGGCCAUCGUGCCCGAGAACGGCGGCAGGAGAAGACCCGUCGGGUUUGGUGGGCAUGUCGUGGGAUAG